AAAUUAGAAUCAGAAUAGUUUAUUUUUGGAAUUUAUUGUUUAUUGUGUUUACUUUUCACUUGAAGCGGCUUUUGCUUACAUGGCAGAAUGAUAAACCCAAUUAUAAGUGAUUUUAAUUAGAGCAUAUAUACAGGUAGCAUAUUGUACAAGUGAGCACAUUUUAUAAGUAGUGUAUCUUGAUUGAAGAAAUGGCUAGCGGUGACAAUAGAAAAGUUGCGUUUAUUACUGGUAUUAAUGGGCAAGAUGGUUCUUACUUAGCAGAAUUCCUGUUAAACAAAGGUUACGAAGUCCACGGUAUUAUCAGAAGAGCAAGUACAUUCAACACUACUAGAAUUGACCAUUUGCAUGCCGAUCCUUAUGCUCAUAAAGGUGGUAAGCUUCAUUUACAUUAUGGAGAUAUGACUGAUUCAAGCUGUCUAGUGAAGACAAUAGGUCAGAUACGGCCAACAGAAAUUUACAAUUUAGCUGCACAAAGUCAUGUUAAAGUAUCAUUUGAUUUAAGUGAAUACACAGCUGAAGUAGAUGCUGUAGGCACGUUACGAAUAUUAGAUGCUAUAAGAACUUGUGGACUAGAAAAUUACUCAAAGUUCUACCAAGCAUCAACCAGUGAACUUUACGGAGCAGUGAAAGAAACUCCACAAAAUGAAGAUACACCCUUCAAUCCACAGUCACCUUAUGCUUGUGCAAAACUCUAUGCAUACUGGAUUGUCAAAAACUACAGGGAUGCCUACAACAUGUUUGCAUGCAAUGGUAUUUUAUUCAAUCAUGAGAGUCCGAGAAGAGGCGAGACGUUUGUGACCAGGAAGAUUACAAGAGAAGUGGCAAAAAUAAGUUUAGGGCUAUGUGAAUGCUUGACUUUGGGUAGAUUGGAUUCAAAAAGAGAUUGGGGACAUGCUAGGGAUUAUGUUGAGGCUAUGUGGCUAAUGCUUCAGCAAGAGAAGCCAGACGAUUUCGUUAUAGGUACCGGGGAAACCCACAGCGUCAAAGAAUUCGUGGAGGAGUCGUUUAAGUAUGUGGGAAAAGAAAUUGUCUGGGAAGGGGAAGGACUAAACGAAGUCGGCAAGGAAAAAGAUACAGGAAUAGUCAGAGUCAAAGUUGAUGAGAAGAAUUUUAGACCUACUGAAGUGGAUUUCCUACUUGGCGAUGCCACCAAAGCCAAGAAGGCCUUUGGCUGGACUCCAAAGGUGUCGUUUUUGGAACUGGUAAAGGAAAUGGUGCAAUCGGACCUCGAGCUGAUGAAAAAAAAUCCAUUAGCAUAGAUAUCGACAGUAUUAUUUUAUAAAACACAGUUUUAUUUUGUACAUGUUUUUAAUUUGUGUUGUAAAUUUUUGACAUUCCUAUGGCCAGUCUCUCUGUAAAUAUUGUAUUGUAAUUUUUGCUACGCAUUUAAGGAAUAUAUGGAAAAUAUAUGGGGUACAAAUAAAA